GAUAAAUCCAUCGUUAGUUGAUUGGUUUGUUAGGGUAGUUGUUGGUCGGUUCUUUGCUUACGUGUUUGUUUGGUUGCUCGGUUGGUUGGUUGGUUGUGCUGAUAGAUUGACGUGGUGGUUGCGCGUCACGUGAUAGAGUAUUUCUGGCUGUCACGUGAACUUUGAAUGGGGAAAUAAUUUUGGCGAAUAUUGCUGUACGAGAGAUUUCCACUUCCAUUACGUUUGUAUUACGUGGGUUUUGUUACGUAUUCGUGGAUAACGAAUUGAUUGACGCUGGCAUACGCAAAAGAGUUAGAAAAAGUGAUGCGACAUACGAAUAUUUCAGUUGCUGACAAUAUGAUGGUACUUUUGGGUGAAACAUUUUCACCAGACGAUUGUUAUCAUUACACGUCAUCAACAUCAUCAUCGUCCUCAUCAUCAUCAUCAUCGUCAUGCUCAUCAUCGGAGUACGAUGGUGAUGAAUGUGAUAGUGACCUUUCACCUCGAGCGUUGCUAACAAUGGCAAUUCAAAGACGUCGGGUUAUGUACAACAGUAAGGAACGUGACCUGAGGCGAGAAUUGCUGCAUACAAGCUUCAUCCAGUCGUUGUGCAAACAUCUUGGGGAACGUCGUGCUAAACGGCAUCAACAACGACGUGCCGCCAAACGUCAUCGUAGGAGGAGCAGUCGGGAGAAUCGGAAACGUGAGUACUCGUCGUCGUCAUGGUCGGAGUCUGAUUUUGGACUAGAAUCCCACCCAGGGAUCAUCAUGGAUGAUUUCUCGGGAUGUUUGGAUUUGUCUGCUAGUGAGCCAGAAAAAGGAGGUGGAGGUGGAAACGGUGAAACAGGACAGUUUGAUGGUUAUAACGACAAUUUAUACAGUUUAUUGCAACAAGAUAACUGUGUUCAGUUGCCUUCGUCGAAUGUUAUGGAAGCUGAUAAUAUAUUGAUUGAACCGCCACCACCGCCGCCGGUUUGUUUCAAGAAAUCACGCUUUAGCCAGCCAGAUGCGGAUCCGUUUGGUUUAGAUGCAUUAUUCGAUGAAUUAUACGGCAAAACGAUGGUUGCAUCAGUUUCCAAAUGUUUUGCGUUGAAAAAUAAAAAAACCACACCUUUCGAUGUGCGAUGUAAACGCGAUCGAAGUGGCCCAGGCCCAGCAUUCUGUUCCAGGAUACUGUAUCUUCUGUUAACAGUAACAUUGAUUUUACAUCAGAGUUUCUCCAAAGCUCUUGUUUUCCUGUCAAGUAAUGCUUUACCUUUGAAUAUAUUUCGGAGCUUUUUAGAUAGGACAAUAAAUUAGUGGAAAUUCGCUUUAUGCCAAUGUAACCCUUUGCAAGCUAUUUUAUACGAGUGGAUUUGUUUUUCAGGAUAUACAGAUAGAGAUCAGGAAACAAGAAAUGUUACGCAUGAAACAGCUAUUGCAGUUGGAUAUUCAUAAUCUCAUGGAAGAAUGAUAUAGGAGUUGGUCGAAUUUGUCGACAUUCAUUUCCCCGACGUUGUGGAAUUGGAAAAAGGAUUCAUUGUCGUAAGUUAAAAGACGCAAGGUGUGCCGAUUUCUGCAGUUAUGGAGCAAACUGAGUCUGAGAUCGGUCAGGAGAGUUUUGAAGUUGGCUUCCAUUGCUAAGACCUUGUUGUCCGGGUUUCUC